AUAUUGCAGUUGAGCGACUGAGCUUCCAUCUCCCAGGAGAACAUAAUGUGUUCUAUAAUGAAAGGGAAUCCACGGCCACAGUGUUGAAUCGUGCUACUGUUCUCUCAACCAAAUUCACAGCCUGGAUGAAGGCAAAUGAAAUGUACCCCGAGGCCAAGUUAUUGACAUAUUCUGAGUUUCCUACUAAAUUCACGUGGAAAAAAACAUCAAAAACGUGGGUACCGAGGAAAAAGAGAUUUGCAGUUGGGAGACUCUAUUUUGUUCGUCCAGGCAUAGGCGAGAAGUACUACCUUAGAAUGCUUCUCAAUGUGGUUAGAGGACCGACCAGUUUUGAGGAAUUGAAGACCGUUAAUGGUACUAUUCAUGCCACAUUCAAGGAUGCUUGCUAUGCAAGAGGUUUGCUCCAGGAUGACAAAGAUCACAUUGGUUGCAUUAAACAAGUAAGUCAUUGGGGAUCUGCACACGCUCUCCGUGAGUUAUUUGUUACCCUGCUGACGUCAGAUGAACUUUCAAAGCCGGAAUUGGUGUGGGAGCAAUGCUGGGAGGAUUUAUCAGAUGAUGUACUAUACAACAUAAGAAGGAACCUCAAUGAUCAAGAGUUGGAUUUAAGUGCAGCUCAAAUUAAAAAUUAUGCUCUUCUAGAAGUUGAAAAACUUCUCCAACAAAAAGGGAAGUCUCUGCGCAACUAUGCAAACAUGCCUUUUCCUUCCGUUUCUCAAAUCGAUUCUCUUGAACACAACCUCAUACAUGAAGAGAUGAGGUAUGAUGUUGAUGCUUUAUCUGAGGAGCAUUCCAAGUUGUUGCUAGACAUGACUGAAGAACAACGCAAGGUUUAUGACAUACUCAUUGCUUCAAUCAAUGGAAAUCACGGCGGCAUCUACUUUGUGUAUGGUCAUGGUGGUACCGGAAAAACAUAUUUGUGGAGAACUUUGUCGGCAGCUGUAAGAUCUCGUGGAGGUAUAGUAUUGAAUGUGGCAUCCAGUGCCCUUGCAUCACUUCUCCUUCCAGGUGGACGUACAGCGCACUCUAGAUUUGCUAUUCCACUGACAGCGGCCGGGCUUGCCAGGCGGCCAGGCGGCUAGGCGGUCAGGUGGCUAGGCGGCCCGGCGGCUAGGCGGCCAGGCGGCUAGGCGGCCAGGCGGCUAGGCGGCCAGGCGGCUGGGCGGUGCAAUGGCUCCUGUACUGUGAGAAGCUUUACGGCCGACAGCAACCAGCUGACGUCCUUCCUUGUCUUUCGCGUUGUCCGGUGAGCCUCGAAUCCGACAGGCUGUAGGUCGGUAACCCUGGUCAGCGGCGCAAUUUCCCAGGUCGGUGGAUGUACCUCUGGUCAGCCGGACAGGUUAGCUACGGAUCCCUGAAGUUGGAUGACUGUGAGUAACCUUCUGCUGCUUGAUUCCCUCUUAAGCCAAUGGCCGAAUUUAGACAGUCUGAUAUUGCUAAUUGUGAUACGGCAGCCCCGUAGCCAAGUCGGCCAUGUUGAGAAGAAGUCCCCUCGUGGGAUGGCUGAAAACAGGUUGCUCCUAAAAUUCCC